GAAGUGGGCACGGUCACAUGCAGCGGCACCAACAUCGCGGGCCCACUCCACUCAGUUUACUCUCGCGCGUGCAUCGCGCUCAACGUGUUGUGUGAACCCCGGAGCUGGUGACACGGACUGAACAACGAGGGACAGAUUAGAGCAUCAGGAUGGGGGCGAUGUUCCGGAGCGAAGAGAUGGCGCUCUGCCAGCUCUUCAUUCAGCCCGAGGCGGCCUACACCUCCGUCUCCGAGCUGGGCGAAGCUGGCACCGUGCAGUUUAGAGACUUAAACGCAGAAGUGAAUGCUUUCCAACGUAAAUUCGUCAACGAAGUGCGUCGUUGCGAUGAAAUGGAACGCAAGCUGCGAUACAUCGAAGCAGAGGUGCACAAGGACAAGGUGCCUGUACCGCCCGUCAAGGACAUGCCUCGUGCGCCUAACCCUCGGGAGAUCAUUGAUUUGGAGGCACACUUGGAAAAGACCGAAAAUGAAAUCCUCGAGUUAUCGCACAAUGCCAUCAACUUGAAGCAAAACUAUUUAGAGUUGACAGAAUUGAGACAUGUUCUCGAAAAGACCGAAGCAUUCUUCGCUGCUCAAGAAGAAAUAGGAAUGGAUUCCCUGACCAAGUCACUAAUAGCCGACGAGACUGGUCAGCAAGCCGCCACGCGAGGCCGCCUGGGCUUCGUGGCGGGCGUGGUACAGCGCGAGCGAGUGCCGGCCUUCGAAAGGAUGCUGUGGCGUAUUUCACGGGGAAACGUGUUCCUGCGCCGCGCCGAGCUUGAUAAACCUCUUGAAGAUCCCAACACUGGUAACGAGAUCUACAAGACGGUUUUUGUCGCGUUCUUCCAAGGAGAACAACUCAAGUCUCGGAUUAAGAAGGUGUGCUCCGGCUUCCACGCGUCGCUGUACCCGUGCCCGCCCUCCAACACCGAGCGGCAGGACAUGGUCAAGGGCGUCCGGACCCGGCUAGAAGAUCUUAACAUGGUGCUGAAUCAAACUCGUGACCACAGGCAGCGCGUACUAGUCAGUGUGGCCAAGGAACUGGCCAGCUGGUCGAUCAUGGUCCGCAAGAUGAAGGCCAUCUACCACACUCUCAACUUGUUCAACAUGGACGUCACCAAGAAGUGCUUGAUUGGUGAAUGCUGGGUGCCGACUGCUGAUUUGCCGAAUGUGCAGAAGGCUUUGGCUGAUGGAUCUAACGCAUGUGGAAGUUCAAUCCCAUCUUUCUUGAACUGCAUCGAAACCGACGAGGUCCCGCCAACAUUCAAUCGCACCAACCGCUUCACCCGUGGGUUCCAGAACCUUAUCGACGCUUACGGUGUCGCCUCCUACAGGGAAUGCAAUCCAGCACUGUACACUACAAUCACUUUCCCGUUCUUAUUCGCCGUGAUGUUCGGAGACUUGGGCCACGGUUGCAUCAUGGCACUCUUCGGCGCUUGGAUGGUCAUCAAAGAAGUGUCUCUCUCCGCUAAGAAAUCGAACAACGAAAUCUGGAACAUCUUCUUUGCCGGCCGUUACAUCAUCCUACUUAUGGGCUGUUUCUCUAUGUACACCGGACUUGUAUACAACGACAUAUUCUCCAAAUCGAUGAACAUAUUUGGCUCGUCUUGGUUCGUUCCAUACGAUGACUACACACUCGAGCACAGUAAAGCCUUUUCCUUGGACCCUAAAGCCUCUUACAUAGAUACACCGUAUUUCAUAGGCAUUGAUCCUAUAUGGCAGACUGCUGAAAACAAAAUUAUCUUCUUGAACUCUUACAAAAUGAAAUUGUCCAUAAUAUUCGGUGUCCUGCACAUGAUCUUCGGUGUCUGCAUGAGUGUCGUCAAUUACAACUUCUUCAAGCGCCGCUACUCAAUCAUCCUCGAGUUUUUGCCUCAAGUCAUUUUCCUGUGUCUUCUCUUCUUGUACAUGGUCUUCAUGAUGUUCUUCAAAUGGGUCGCAUACAGCACACUCUCUGAGGAUCCCGCCUACCGUCAGGGUUGCGCGCCAUCAGUUCUCAUCCUAUUCAUCAACAUGAUGCUGUUCUCGAGCACGGAGCCCGAGGACGACUGCAAGGAGUUCAUGUUCGAGGGGCAGGGCACCAUCCAGCGGGUCUUCGUGCUCGUCGCCCUCUGCUGCAUACCGGUCAUGUUGUUGGGAAAGCCGCUGUACCUACUGUCCGCUAAGAAGAAACACGUUAAGCCUGAGCAAUCUAACGGUAACGUGAACCAGGGUAUUGAGCUGCAAGAACAGACCGACAUCUCGGAGGUGCAGCCCAAGCCGCAGGCCAAGUCGUCGGGCGGUCACGACCACGACGACGAGCCGUUCAGCGAGAUCAUGAUCCACCAGGGGAUCCACACCAUAGAGUACGUGCUCAGCACCAUCUCCCACACCGCCUCAUACCUCCGGCUGUGGGCCCUGUCUCUUGCUCACGCAGAGUUAUCAGAGGUGCUGUGGAACAUGGUGCUAACGUUCGGUCUGAAGGACCACAACUACAUCGGCGCCAUCAAGCUGUACGUGGCGUUCUUCUUCUGGGCGUUCUUCACGCUCGCCAUCCUCGUCAUGAUGGAGGGGCUUUCUGCGUUCUUGCAUACAUUGCGUUUGCAUUGGGUGGAAUUCAUGAGUAAAUUCUACGCUGGUCUGGGCUACAUAUUCCAGCCAUUCUGCUUCAAGACGAUCCUCGAACAAGAGGAUGAAGAAUAAAUGUAUUAUUUAAUUGUUAUAAACUUUCUAAACAAAUGUUACGUAGGUUGCAACAGUAUUGGCAUAAAUUUAUAUGCAAAUAGGUGCGAAGGUCACAAUGCAUAGAUGAUAAAUAAAAAAAUAUUUGCGCAUGUU